AUGGUCAAGAAGAAGGUAGACGCACGCGUGCGAACACUGCUUGAGAACUGUAUCCAGGAGAAUUAUCGCUCCUUUUUAGUGCUCGUGGGUGACCAUGGUAAAGACCAGGUUAUGAAUCUGCAUUACAUUUUGUCCAAAGCAGCCGUCAAGGCACGUCCGCGUGUGCUGUGGUGCUACAAGAAAGAAUUGGGCUUCUCUACGCACCGUCAGAAGCGCAUGCGUCAGAUAAAGAAACAGAAGCAGCGCGGCCUGUACGAUCCAAGCAAAGACGAUCCGUUUGAGCUUUUUAUUGCGUCUACUGACAUCCGUUGGUGUUACUAUAAGGAGACGCACAAAAUACUGGGCAGCACUUACGGCAUGUGCGUGCUUCAAGACUUUGAGGCUGUCACACCAAACAUUAUGGCACGCACUAUUGAGACUGUUGAGGGAGGUGGCGUUGUUGUGCUACUAUUUCGUACGCUGGACAGCCUUAAGCAGCUGUAUACUAUGAGCAUGGACGUUCAUGCACGGUUUCGGACCGAGUCGCACCAAGAUGUGGUGGCUCGCUUCAACGAGCGCUUUAUCUUGUCUUUGGCCUCGUGUGAGCGCUGUGUCGUGCUUGAUGACGAGCUCAACGUCUUGCCCAUCUCCAAGCAUACGCGUAAAAUUGAGCCACUACCACCGCGCGACUCGUCUAAGGAACUCACAAAAGACGAGCUCGAGCUACGGGAACUUCAAAUAUCAUUGCGUGAGACUCAGCCUGUUGGUGCUCUCGUUGAGCAGGCGCGAACCCUGGAUCAGGCUAAGGCCAUACUCGCCUUUGUAGAGGCAGUUUCAGAAAAAACACUACGCUCUACCGUGGCAUUGACUGCAGCGCGUGGACGUGGGAAGUCGGCGGCUCUCGGCAUGGCGCUAGCAGGUGCCGUGGCUUACGGAUACAGUAACAUUUUUGUGACUGCACCGACUCCUGAAAACCUCAAGACCAUGUUUGACUUUGUAUUUAAAGGUUUCGAUGCACUUAAGUACAAGGAACAUUUAGACUACGAAGUUGUGCAAAGUACCAACCCAGAGUUUAAUCAUGCUGUGGUUCGUGUGAACAUAUUUCGCGAGCACCGUCAGACUAUCCAGUACAUACAGCCCACGCACCAUGAGAAGCUGGCUCAGGCUGAGCUUAUAGCUAUCGAUGAGGCUGCUGCAAUUCCGCUUCCCGUUGUCAAGAAGCUACUUGGACCCUACCUUGUCUUCAUGUCAUCGACUAUUAAUGGCUACGAGGGCACCGGACGCUCGCUAUCUCUCAAACUUUUGCAGAAACUUCGUGAACAGCAGGGUAGCGCUAAAGAGGCUGCCGCGCAGGCUGCGGCGAGCAUUCACGGCGAUCAAAAGCGGCGAAAGGGUGAUCAGAAACUGCACGAAGAGCGCUGGCAGGCAGCUAGCAAUGCCGCCCAUGCUGCUGUUGCUGGCAGUGCUUCAUCUUCGACGCGCGUACUCCGUGAAGUGAUUUUGGAAACCCCGAUUCGUUACGCACCUAACGACCCUGUGGAACGCUGGCUGAAUGCAUUGUUGUGUCUAGACUCGACAAGUGCGUCGCAUCGUCUUGUGGCAGGAACGCCUCACCCGCGUGAUUGCGAGUUGUAUUAUGUGAACCGUGACUCUCUAUUCUCGUACCAUAAGCUGUCUGAAGGCUUCCUGCAGCGUCUUAUGGCUCUGUAUGUGUCAUCGCACUACAAGAAUCAGCCGAACGACUUGCAACUGCUAUCUGAUGCUCCAGCCCACCAUCUGUUCGCUCUGCUCGGCCCAGGGGCUGAGGCACAGGGAAAUGCCGGCCAGCUUCCUGACGUUCUCUGCGUUGUGCAAGUAGCUUUAGAAGGCGAGAUUUCCAAGGCGUCGGUGAACGCUCAGCUUGCGCGUGGCCAGCGUGCUUCGGGUGACCUUAUUCCAUGGACAGUGGCACAGCAGUUCCAGGACUCAGAGUUUGCAGCCCUAUCAGGAGCUCGUGUGGUACGCAUUGCAACUCACCCAGACGUGACUGGCAUGGGUUAUGGCUCUCGCGCUCUUGAAUUGCUGAUAAGUUAUUACCAAGGUGAAAUUACUAGUGAUGUCAUCGAUCCAGACUAUGAGAAGGAGAAAGACAAGAAGAAAAUAGAGAGCGAUGACAACCGCGAUGAUGACGAUGAGGAAGCUAAAAAGACAAAGCUUCGCAAAGAAAAGAUCAGGCCACGUAAGACGCUUCCACCCCUACUGCUUCCGCUUGAAGAGCGUCCUUGUGAGCGUUUGCACUGGUUUGGUUCAUCUUUCGGGUUGACUUUGCCGCUAUACAACUUUUGGUCUCGUGCCAAAUUGCUUCCAGUGUAUAUCCGACAAACGGCCAACGAACUCACAGGCGAGCACACGGCAAUAAUGCUGCGCUCGCUUCGUUGUGACGACUUACCUGCUUCCCCUGCUGAUGGUUGGCUGGAUGAAUUCGUGGCUGAUUUUCGACGCCGUUUUACGUCAUUGCUGAGCUAUGAUUUUUCAACUUUUCCUUGCGCCCUUGCGCUUGGUUUGUUGGGCGACAAACCAGUCAAUUCGACUUCCGCUUCGAAUGAGAAGGAACACCACCUUUCUUUGCACCGCAGCGCCACUGGGGAGAUCAAUCCCGCCGAAUUGGCAAUGGUCUUGACUCCAUAUGACGCCAAGCGUCUCAAAUCUUACGCAAAGAACAUGGUUGACUACCACAUGAUUGUAGACUUAAUUCCUUCGCUCGCGCGCAUGUACUUUCUCCAGCGUCUGCCCCAGAUGUCGCUGUCGUACCUGCAACGUGCGAUCUUGGUAAGUCUAGGACUGCAACACCAGUCGGUGGACACGAUCCAGCAGGAAUUAAAUGUGCCGUCUAACCAGCUUCUGGCGCUAUUCAACAAAGCAGUACGAAAAUUUCUUGGUCAGGUAGAGAAGCUUAUGGAAGAGCAGCUUGAAGCUGAAGCUGUCAGCAGCAACAAGAUAGCGCAGGUGGCAGUGCAAGCGCAGGCCAUGAUUCCUACUGAGACAUCACUGGAUGAGGAGAUGCGUGAAGGUGCUCAGGCAGAAACAGCUAAGCAGCAGCAGCUUUUAGGCAGCCUAAAUCUGAUGAAGUAUGCUGUGCGUGGUGACGAGGCUGAUUGGGACGCAGCGUUAGCCAAAACUGAAAAUGUUGGCUCCGUCGUUCAGGUUCUAAGGCAGAGCAAGGUGAAAAAGGAUUUGACCGAGUCUAAGAAUAUAAAAAAGGAACAGAAGCAAAACAAGCGUCUGGCCGUGGGGGAAAGCAGCCUUAAGAAGAGUAAAAAAGGCAGGAAGGGUAAAUGA